CGCGCGCGCGCAGCCCCACAUGGCCUCGGGCGCGCAGCCUCCAGCCGGGUCGGAGCCGCGGGCUGAGGGGGCGGGAGGUGCGCGCAGUGCCGGGGGGCUCUCGGACGCGGAGCCCCAACGCCCUCCUCCUCCCCCGCCGCCCGCGCGGAGCGCGGAGCCCCGGUGGCCCCGCGCCAGGUCGAGUUCGGCCCCCGCCGCCUCCGAGGCUCGGGCGCCGCCGCCACCCCGGACGCCCUGCGACCUGAGAGGUCCCCUGGACGAGCGCCGGGUGCUGGAGCACCUGCACGUGGCCCUGAGGCGCGAGGCGCGCGUGUGGCGGGGCGGGAGCCUCCAGCCGGAGAUCCGCGGCGCCUUCCUGGAGGUCGUGGUGUGGUUACUGGAGCGAGAAAACGCCUUUCACUUCGCCCGGACCACUUUUAACCUGGCGCUCAGCAUCUUUGGCCGCCUCCUGGUCUCCGUGAAGGUGUCGGAGUGUCAUCUCCAGUGUGCCAUAAUCACGUGUCUAAGACUUGCUGCGAAGCUGAACGAGGAGGAGGAGACCCUAGAGGACAAGUGGAGAAGCAGAACUGAGGCCCGAUCUUGCAGAUUCUUCUGGCCUCGCUGGUUGAUGCUGGCCAGGUGGAUGCAACCUGCAUUAAACACAGUCAAUUCCACAUGUAAACGACUUCAUAAAGCACUAUGGCCCCAGCUAUAGCCCGAAGGAGCUUCUGAGGAUGGAGCUGGUUAUUCUGGACAAACUGCACUGGGACAUCCACACCGGGACACCUCUGGACUUCUUGAAUAUAUUCCAUGCCCUAGUGAUCCUGAGCCAGCCCCGCGUGAUCGAUCUGCUGCCUCAGACGAAGCCUUCCUGCCACGUCGCGUCCCUGACCAGGCAACUGCAGCACUGUAUGGCGGGCCACCAGCUGCUGCAGUUCAAGGGCUCCACACUGGCUUUGGUCAUCAUCACCUUAGAGUUCGAGAGGCUCAAAC